AAAAUAAAGAAAAUCGAAUUUUGAGCAAAUCGGCGGUGUUGAUAAAAGUGAUUUUGUAAAUUAAAUCGUUCCCGUAAAUUUGCUUCCUGUAGAUUAGAACAUUUACCGACGAUAUUCAAUAGAUAAUAAAGCAAAAUGAUAUCGGAUGCUUUAGGUGAUUUGGAAAAAUGUGUAGAUACAGCGGGAUCGCAGCUCGAUUCUCUGGCACUUAAGAUUACCGACGUCGAGAAGAAUCUGGACGACAAUGAUAUGGAAGGCUUGGAAACUGGAAUGAUGGAAUUGCUAGAAUCAGUCACCGAAGUGAAAAACGAAUACCAAAAUCUCCGCAAGGAUCUGCAAGAAGUACAGCAACUACAAAAGGAAAUGACAUGUUCGCUCAGGUAUCAGUUACGCACUAUGACACAAACUUUCCAUGUAUUAAAGAAAAAGAUCGAAGCAAACAAUCUACCCAUAACAUCGCUUCCACUUCCAUCGUCAUCCACCAAGCAAAUCCCCCGAGAAGGUGGAAACAUAGCAGCAAAAACACUUAACCGUAACAGGAAUUGAAACUCAUUUAGCUUCAUCAAGCAGUUUUUUUGUUUUUGUCGCCUGUCGAAUAAGUUGGCCUGCAGCAUUCUCCUCCUCUGGACUGAUUAUGUGUGUAUCACUUUCUUCCUGAUCGUUGCAUAGUUGCGUUUUAGUGCUACCUCCUAUUAUUAUUAGUUGUUAGUCAUCUCCAUUUCAUCAACAACUGAUCGCAAUCGUAAUAGAAGCUGCCACAAAUAUGACAAGGCCUGGCGAGUUAAACACGGUCAGCUCAUAUCUACAUCUUUCAUCUUCGUGCAAUUGCAACCCUUCACCUUUUCCGAUAGGUAUAUUUAGAAUUAGUUUAUGAUAAUGUCGCGUUCUAGGAUAAGCCACUACUCGCUCGUACAGUGAAAUACCGGCAAAUUUCCCCAAAUGACGAGAAAAAAUCCUACCAACUGCAAAGCUUUUAAACUCUUCAUCUAUUAUAUGUGAAUUUUUGUUUUUACACAAUAAUGUUAUUUAUUUGCUAGUAUAUAGGGAAAUGAAGAUCAUACACUACUAUCACCCCUAUUCAGUAUUCCAUUCGAAACGGAAUAGAGAAUAGGGGUGUAGAUAUAUAUUCUUUGUGUGUUUACGAAAAGCUAGCCAAUGCAUCGCAAAGGAUACAAAGCUCCAAAAAGGAAACCUAACAUUCUAUCAUCCAAGCAAAACGAAAAAGCUCUUUCAUCAUAUUCAUGACAUAUUACAGCAUUGACAGCAUUGUUUCGUGCUUCUUUUUUUGUACAAUUUAUACCAGAUCUUUUGGAAAGUCUGGAAGACGAAACAUUCUAUGUCUAGAUACCACAGAUGACUGACAAAGAUAGUGCCCUCUUUUUGUGGAAGCUGGUAUGUAUGUGUGCAAGAGUGUCUGUGCGAAAAUCUUAUUGAAAGGCUAAGAAGGUACUAAAAAAAUCAGUCCGCUGGAGAGCUGCUCUCCGACCUAUAACAUUUAGAUCUUUUCUUUAUCACGACGUUAAACCAUAACCAUCACCUAUAGAUGAUUUCUUUUACUCAAAUCAUCAUAACUGCAUAUGCGUGCUAUGUUGAUAACGUAAGGUCGCCAUUCACCAUUCAUGCUCCCGUCACCGCUCACUGUAUACGUAUUAUCAUAAUUUGCAUACAAUUACAAUUAAUACCAAUAACUCCCUCCCCAUGGACAUGGAGGUUGACGGUACUGAAGCAAAGGGUUAUGUUUAAUUUCUUUAUAUUUGCAACGAUGAUGAUUUCCCAUAGUGACACAUAUCACCUUCUUAAUGCUUCAGUAUACUACCCAUAAUCGCAUAUCAGUCCCAUCUUUGCUUGAUUUCCUAUCCAUAUGGGACUGAUAUGCGAUUAUGGGCAGUAUACCUCAAACGAUUAAUUCUUGGUUGUUAAUAGAACUUCCUUGAUGCAAUCGGCUGCUUCAUGCAGACUGAGCAAUUCUGAUUAUAGUAUCAGAUUUGUUCUGUAUACAGAGGAACUGGGAGGGCUUAUUAGAAACUUCUCACCAAUAAAGUAAUGACCUUCUAGUAAAUUUUGCAUAUCAUUUUAUUAAUAUUUUAUUUUAUUUAAGCAUAUUAUUUUUGUUACAGUCAAUUAGCUAAUACAAUACAAGAGAUUUAAUAUUACUUGCUCGGUUUUGCGUAAAUAAUCAAUAUGUAUUUUGCUUGUAAUUACCUUUGAAUUUUUUUUUGUGAUUUCAAAAUUUUCCUAGUUUGGUUAGAAGUUUCGAAGCUAACACAUGUCCACAGGCCUAAUAGAAAGAUAGACAGACAAAGCGUAUCAUGAAGAAUAGUUGCAUGCAGGGUUGCUUCCACUCACUUUCUAUAGAUGAGUGAUUUUCGGAGUUUUGAAUUCGUUAGAUGUUGUAAUGGAGGUUUGUGUUGUUGGAUGCGGGAGGGUCCAGUAUUGCCAGCGUACCUGGAACUCGUGAAUGUUGUCUGUUGUCAACAGGUGUGGACGUAGCGACCAAAAACCACGACCAGGUUCGCGGCUUGAUUGAAGAAGACAAAUUCGCGUUGUUACGGCUUUAUGGUCAGAAAAACAGCAAACAUGCGCAUCAGCUGUUCUCAGCUGACUUCGUAGACCCUGGCUAACGUACAUACGGUCUAGGCGAGAAGAUGAGUUGUGUGUAAUGUACGUGUAGCCCGGUAUAUCUGGACAGAGUUGUUCCCAAACAUCGAGGAGCUGCAGCUGCUGUACGGUUGCGAGGAGAGCGGGGCUGUGAUUGUAUCCCGUUGCAUCACGUUGCCGUAGAACACAGUUGAAAUCGCCAGCU